AUGGUAGCUCCAAGCCAAGUUCUCCGGAGCGCUGCAGCCACCGCCGCCAAAUCAUGGUCCGCCACGCUUAAGCUCCCCAAGUCGGCCUUCCCGCCGCGCCCGUCCCAGUCGCCCGACCUGCUCCGCCAGUGCACCGACGACCUCUACGCAUGGCAGCAGUCCCCCGACCGCCCCGCUACCGGUUCCCUCGUCUUCCACGAUGGCCCGCCCUACGCCAAUGGCAGCUUGCACAUUGGACACGCCCUGAACAAGGUCUUGAAGGACCUCAUCUGCCGCUUCCACGUCCAGCAGGGCAAGCGCGUGCAGUACAUUCCCGGCUGGGACUGCCAUGGCCUGCCCAUUGAGCUCAAGGCUCUGCAGGCUCUGGCCAAUCCGGACCGCCACCGGCUGAGCCCCGUCGAGGUGCGCGCCGCCGCCCGUCGCCUGGCCGAGCGCACCGUCGAGGAGCAGAAGGAAGGCUUCAAGAACUGGGCCAUCAUGGGCGACUGGCACAACGCGUACAAGACAAUGGAGAAAGGCUUCGAGAUGCGCCAGCUGCACAUCUUCAAGGAAAUGGUCGAGAAAGGUCUCAUCUAUCGUCAGUUCAAACCCGUCUAUUGGUCGCCCUCGUCUGGAACUGCUCUUGCUGAGGCUGAGCUCGAGUACGACGAUAACCACCGCUCAACUACCGCAUACGUCAACUUCCCCAUCACCAAGCUCCCAGCGAGCUUGGCCGGCCGCGUCUAUAUCGCAAAACUUGGUGCUCUGAUCUGGACUACAACUCCUUGGACUCUGCCCGCUAACAGGGCGAUUGCGGUGCACUCUAGUCUGGAAUACUGUGUGGUGGAAAUGCCUCGGCCCACGCUUACUGGUCAUCGCCCUAGUCAAUUCCUAAUUGCCAAGGACCGCUUCGAUGCCCUUCAGGAAACCUUGAAGACCGAUUUCAAGUUGCUUGUGGACGCAAUACCAGGUUCUGAGCUCGCGGGUCAGACAGAGUAUGCGAAUCCAUUGGAGCCGGAUCAGCUGAACGCUCAGCCCAUCAUACAUGCCGAUUUUGUGUCUGCCGCAUCUGGUUCCGGUCUCGUUCAUUUGGCUCCUGGUCACGGUAUGGAUGACUACGAUGUCUGCAGGUCUAUCGGUAUUGAUGCGUUUGCGCCCGUGGACGACCAAGGCUGCUUCACCAAAGAGGCUCUGCCCGGUCAAGCCUACCACGUUGCCGGCCUCCCCGUCCAGGGAGACGGCUCCAAGGUUAUCCUGGACCUGCUUACAACGAUGCCGAGAGAUCCUUUGGUUGCCGUGGAAAACAUCACCCAUAAGUACCCCAUCGACUGGCGGACCAAGCAGCCCGUCAUCAUUCGUGCGACUGAGCAAUGGUUUGCCGAUGUCGAAGAGAUCAAGGAAAGUGCCCUCGAAGCGCUUGAGCACGUAGAGUUCCAUCCGAAAUCCGCAAGAGCCCGUCUGGAGAGUUUCGUCCGUGGCCGCAGCCAGUGGUGUGUCUCACGUCAACGAGCUUGGGGUGUGCCCAUCCCUGCGCUGUACGAAAAGACAGAAAGUGGCAGUCUUAAGGCGCACAUGACUGGAAGUUCGAUUGAGCACAUCAUGAACGUCAUUGAGCAACGCGGCAUUGAUGCUUGGUGGACCGACGCUGAGGAUGAACCUGCCUGGAUUCCAGAAGGCCUUACGGGCUCUUUCGUCCGCGGUAAGGACACUAUGGACGUGUGGUUUGAUAGUGGCACUGCGUGGACGUUGCUGGAUCCUCGCCCCGGACAGCCUGUGGCCGAUGUCUUCCUCGAGGGAACUGACCAACAUCGCGGCUGGUUCCAGUCUUCCCUACUCACUCACAUAUCCCACCAGAGUGCGAGGGCGGACGCCGGAGACAAGUCGUCACACCCAAAGUACCUCGCACCGUUCAAAACGCUCAUCACACACGGCUUCACGCUCGACCAAGACGGCAGGAAGAUGAGCAAGUCCCUCGGCAACACCAUUUCGCCCUCUCAAAUCAUGGACGGCUCCCUCCUCCCGCCCCUCAAGCCCCGAAAAAAGCAAAAAGGUAACGCCAACCCCUCCGCCGCAAGCCCAGGCGCCGCCAAGCCCAAAGAAACCUUCGACGCCAUGGGCGCCGACGCCCUCCGCCUAUGGGUCGCCAGCAGCGACUACACCAAAGAUGUCAUCAUCGGCCAACCCGUCCUCGCCGCCGUCAACCAAUCCCUCCACAAGUACCGCGUCACCUUCAAAUGGCUGCUCGGCGUCCUCUCCGACUUCGACCCGGCCGUCGCGUCUUCGUCGUCCUCCUCCUCCUCCAAGACAACCGUCCCCAACCGCUGGGCCCUCGUCGACGCCAUCGCCCUGCACCAGCUCUCGCGCGCCUCGCACGCCGUGCACGCCGCGUUCGCCGCGCACGAGUUUUACAGGGGCACCGCCGCCCUCUCGCGCUACACGACGGCCGACCUGUCGGCCUUUUACUUCGAGACGCUCAAGGACCGCCUGUACGCCGGCACGCCCGCCGACCGCGCCGGCGCCCAGCGCGUGCUGCGGCGCGUCUUCGCCGAGCUGCUCGACAUGCUGGCGCCCGUGUGUCCGUUGCUCGUCGAGGAGAUUUGGAGUCAUGCGCCGGAGGGGGUCGUCGUCGCGGCGGAGGGGAAGAAGCCGGGGAGGAGGACGUGGACGCCGUACGUGGCGGAGACGUGGGACGAUGGGGUCAAGGCGGCGGGUUUGGAGGCGAAGAUGGAGGUGCUGAGGGCGGUGGGCGACGCGGCCAAGGCGGCGCAGGAGGAGGCGAGGAAGGAGAAGCUGAUGGGCGGCGGGCUGGAGUGCGACGUCGUUCUGAGGCUGCCGUCUGACGUCGUCUUGCCGGGUGCGGUUGCAGACGUCUUGCGUGGGGGCAUGGAGGAGGAUCUGGCGGCUGUGUUGGUGGUCAGUGGGGUGGAGAUCGUUGGCGGUAGCGGCAGCGGCGGCGACGAUGCUGCUGCUGCUGCUGCUGCUGCUGCUGCUGCUACUGAUGCUGCUACUCCUGCCGCUCGCGAGGAAGGGUUGGAGAGUCAAGGACGGCAGCCGCCUGCCGACUGGGUCUUCAAGGCGCCCUUUGAGUUGCCCGGUGUCGCGGACAAGCAGGCGGUCGCGGAGGUGCGGCCGGCGAGGCGGUGCAAGUGUCCCAGGUGCUGGCGCUACGUCGCGCCGAGCCCGGACGUGUUGUGCGGGAGGUGUGAGGAUGUGGUUGGUGCGUGA